UGUCCAUCUCAAAAAAGUGCAGGGCUCUCUAUUCUCCCCUCCCAAAAAUGGGACAAGAGCACAGUUACCCAUCCACACCACCUUUUCCUUUUUCCCUUCUUGGUAUUGCCGGCAGACCUCAUCCGUGACUGAGAGCACCUCCCUUCAUCUCUCUCUCUCUCUCGCAGAUGUUCAAGUACCACCUUUUCCUUUUUCCCUUCUUCGUUUGCCGGCCGGCUGAGCUCCUUAAAUUCAUGACUGAGAGCAACUCCGCCAAGACCACAUUCAUCUCUCUCUUUCUCUCUAUCUCUCUUUCUCUCUCUCUUUCUUCUGCUCAUCACCGCGUUUCAAAAUUGCGAUGGAGAGCGGGAGCGCCACCAAGCGGCGGGGCUGGUUGCUGACGAAGGCCCGUGAGCUCGCCCUUCGCAACGAUGACCAGGUCGGACACAUCAUCUUUUCCAGCAGCGGGCAGAUGUUCCAGUACUGCAGUCCCAACUCCAGCAUGCUCCAGAUUAUUGAUAGAUUCAAGAAAGCAUCAAGCACUCAAAUUCAGGAAGACGAUGAUAAACAGAUUCCUGACCAUUGCCAGCAGAUAUACCGUGAGAUGACGAGAAUGAAGAAUGAGAAUGACAAGCUGCAAGCAACCAUUCGACAGUUAACUGGGGAGGAUCUCACCACUCUCACCAAAACCGAUAUGAAAAACCUUCAGAAGCGACUGGAAGUUUCUCUAGAUCGAGUUCGCUCAAGAGAGAUCGAGUUGCUCCAAGAAGGGAGAAUUGCGGAGGCAGUGGCGGGCAUUUUGGAAGCAAAAUUCUCGAGAGCGAGAGAGAAAGAAACAGAAAAAACAGAGCAAUCCAGAGACCUGCUUCAGCUUUCUCCUCCUUUCUCCAACGGGCUUCAACCCACUCAGCCAAACCUGGAAGAUCCAAACCUCCAUCACCAUGCAUGCAGCUCCGGUAAUCUGAAAAAACCGAGAACAUAAAGGCUGUCUUGCUGAUGAUGAAAUGUCUGGAAUGAUGCUGUGAAGAGCCUAUUCCAGUCCAAAGGAGUAAUGCCCACGACAAUCAAUCUUUCAUCGGCCCACCAACUCAACCAGCUACACCGCUUCUCGGGUUAAACCAUUAUGAUUUUUGUGGCAUUACCAUGAUGAUAUUACUGCAACAUUAACUUUUUUAAUGUAAUCUUAUAAUUUUUACUUUUCUA